GAAAUCACUAAGCCACGCCCACAUACCUGUUACAACCAGGAAGAGCGAUUAUAUGGACUUCUCCAAAACAUUCACCGAUAUCUUUCCCAGCUGAAGACCCCCUCCUAGCCCACCUCCUCCCCGUCCGGGCCGGUAGUUCGGGAUAAAACCUGCGUUGGACCGGGAGAACCGGGAGAAAGACGCGGUUUCGCCAGGGACCAGGGUUGCUCUGACCACACCAGUACUGACCUGCUCAGGUCCGGCCGCAAGUUCUGCUGGUCCAGAGAAGCCCAGUAUUUGUACCUUCGCCGCCUGUCGUCGAGGAGCUUCUCCGCCAUCACCAUGAACCCGGUCAUGGAGCAGACGGUGUGGGAGCAGUACACCGUGACCCUGCAGAGGGAUUCCAAAAUGGGUUUUGGGAUCGCGGUUUCAGGAGGACGGGACAACCCGAACGAGGACACGGGCGAGACGUCCAUCGUGGUGUCGGACGUCCUGCGGGACGGCCCGGCAGAGGGGCUGCUGUUUGAGAAGGACCGCGUGAUUCUGGUGAACAACACGCCCAUGGACGGAGCGCUGCACUCCUUCGCCGUUCAGACCCUCAGGAAAUGUGGCAAAACGGCCAAAAUCACGGUCAAGCGUGCCAAGAGGAUCCCGGUCAGUGUGAUGCCCCGCCCCGCCUCGCCUGAAGUCUUCACCAACGACAACUACAGCGACUACAACUACGACGCAGAGCGCCAGAGCAUGACCAGCGGCCGCGACAACAGCCUGGAGCGCCGCGGCUACGGCGACUCCGGCUACCAGACCCGCGACCGCGGCAGGAGCGCCGAGCGCGACCUGAGCCCCGACCGGAGCUACCGGCGCGACGGCAGCAGGGGCCGCACGCUGGACCGCAGCCCCGACCAGCGCUACCGCAGCGAGCACACGCUGGACCGCGACUACAGCCCGGACCGCCGCUACCGCAGCGAGCGAACCCUGGACCGCGACUACAACCCGGACCGCCGCUACCGGAGCGAGCACGCCCUCGACCGUGACUACAGCCCGGAUCGGCGCUUGCGCAGCGACCGCGCCCCGAGCCCGGAGCCGCGCUACGGCCGGGACGGCUACAGCCCCGGAAGAGCCCAGAGGCGCGAACCGAGCUUCGAACGCGGCCGAGACCGAGACCGGGACCAGAGGUACAACGAGCCGGUCCGGCGGACGGCGAGCAGAGACCGCCUGGAUCGCUCGCCGUCGCCCGCUGCUGCUCCCAUCCCACUGCCCCGACCGGGCCGCGACCAGGAGCCGCUGGAGAAACCCGUCAACGUCCUGCUGCUGAAGAACCAUCCCAACGAAGAGUACGGCCUGCGCCUGGGCAGCCAGCUCUUCAUCAAGGAGAUGACGAGCAGCGGCCUGGCCGGCAGAGACGGGAACCUGCAGGAGGGAGACAUCAUCCUGAAGAUCAACGGCACGGUGACGGAGAACCUCUCCCUCGGCGACGCCGGGAAGCUGAUCGAGAAGUCUCGCGGCCGGCUGCAGCUGGUGGUUCAGCGCGACCGCCGCCAGAUCCUGAUCCGCAUCCCGCCGAUGGUGGACAGCGACUCGGAGCUCGAUGAUAUCUCUGAGAUCGAGUCGUACCGCUCUUACUCUCCACAGGAGCGAGGUCAUCCCUCUGACCUUUCCUCUCACUCGUCCACUGAGAGGCUUCGAGACAAACCCAGAGACGAUCCUUCCAGCAGGAUGACGAAAAUGGGUGCGAUGCCGACGCCUCUCAGAAGUCUGGACAGACAUGAAGAUUCCUCCCCUCUGCCGCCAGAGAGGGACGAAACCCGAUCUGUGUCACCACCAGCAGCAGCAGUCGCCCCAAGAGUUCAGGUUCCUCCAAAGGUCCCACUGAAGCCGAGCUUGGAGGACCAGGAAGUCUACGGGCCAAACACGAUAAUGGUGCGCUUCAAGAAAGGCGACAGCGUUGGGCUGCGGCUAGCCGGAGGGAACGACGUCGGCAUCUUCAUCGCCGGCGUUCAGGAGGACAGUCUGGCCGAGCAGGAGGGUCUUCAGACCGGAGAUCAGAUCGUUAAGGUGAACAACGUUGACUUCAGAGGGAUGGUGCGUGAAGACGCCGUCCUCUUCCUGCUGGAGGUCCCAAAAGGAGAAGACGUGACCAUCCUGGCUCAAAGCAAACCCGAAGUGUAUGAAGAUGUUCUGGCGUCCGGACGCGGCGACUCGUUCUACAUCAGAACCCACUUCGAGUACGAGAAGGAGGCGCCGCAGAGCCUCCCGUUCGGCAGGGGAGAGAUCUUCAAGGUCAUCGACACGCUGUACGACGGCAAGCUGGGCCACUGGCUGGCCAUCCGCAUGGACCAGGACAACCAGUCGCCGGAGGUGAAAAAGGGAAUCAUCCCCAACAAGAGCAGAGCUGAACAAAUGGCCAACGUGCAGAACGCUGCCAGAGCGGCGUCAGGCAACGACAGAGGAGACUUCUGGAGGCUGAGAGGUCAAAGGGCGGGGAAGAAGAAAGACCUGCGGAAGAGCCGAGAGGACCUGACCACCGCGCCGGUCGCCACCAAGUUCCCCGCAUACGAGAGAGUGGUGCUCCGAGAAGCUGGUUUCAGGAGGCCGGUUGUGAUAUUUGGGCCGAUUUCUGACGUUGUGAACGAGAAACUGGCCUUUGACCUUCCCAACGAGUUUGUUAUUGCCAAAACUGAGCCCAAAGACGCUGGAAGUGAGAAAUCGUCUGGAGUGGUGAGACUGAACACCAUUCGACAAAUCAUUGAGCAGGACCGCCACGCGCUGCUGGACGUCACUCCCAAAGCCGUGGACACCUUGAACUACACCCAGUGGUAUCCCAUCGUGGUGUUCCUGAACCCGGACAGCAAGCAGGGCGUCAAAACCAUGAGGAGCCGCCUGAUCCCCGGAUCCAACCGCAGCGCCAGGAAACUGUACGAACAGGCGGUCCGGCUGAAGAAGACCUGCUCCCACCUCUUCACCGCGACCAUCGACCUGAUCUCGUCGAACGACGCCUGGUACGGCAGCGUGAAGGAGUCGAUCCGGGAGCAGCAGGAGAAAGCGGUGUGGGUGUCCGAGGGGAAGAUGGACGGGUCAGAGGAGGACCUGGACCUCCAGGACGACCGCAUGUCCUACCUGUCGGCCAUGAGCGCCGACUACCUGAGCAUGGACAGCCGCCUGACCAGCGACUACGACGACACGGCGGACGAGGGCGGGGCUUACACCGACAACGAGCUGGACGAGACGCUGGACGACCCGACGCCCGUCUCCGCCAUCAGCAGGUCGUCGGAGCCCGUCCUGCCCGAAGAGCCGCGCCGCACCAAGAGGCCCGGCAGGGAGGUUCUGACCCGGGACCCCAGCCCGCCGCCUUCGUUUGUUCCAGAACCACCAAAGGUCCGCGCCCAGACUCGGACCGACUCGGUGCGCAGCUACGAGUCCCAGUCCAGCAGCACCAUCAGCAGCAUCGACGCGGCGGCCGCCAGCAGGCCGGCGCCUCCGCCGGUGGCCUUGAAGCCCAACAUCUCGCGCCUCCACCAGUCCUCAGAGGAGCAGGCGCCGGCGAACCAGCAGGAGGAGGAAGACCCCGCCAACAAGUCCUUCCUGGGAAAGAGAAUGGCCAAUCAGAUCAAAGCUUUUGAGAAGAUGGACCACCUGGCCCGAGCUCAUCGUCUUCUGGAGCUGCAGGAGGCGGAAAACGCUCGAUUGGAAAUCGCCCAGAAGCAUCCAGACAUCUACGCCGUCCCAAUGAAGCUGCCAAAACCCAAUCUGAACCGCCCGCAGCCAAUCGGCUCCAACGCCGAGCCGCAGACGAUGUCCAGGCCCAUGUACUCGGAGACGAGAGGAAACGAGGACAACGAGGCGGAGUACCGCCGCCAGCUGUCGGAGCAGACCCGGAGGGGAUACUACAACCCUCAGAAGUACAAGGACACCGAGCUGUGAGGCUCCGAACAGGAAGUGAGGUCGUUCCCCAGCUUCUGUCGCUCUCUGAACUGCUUUUUUUCUCACAUUUCGGCUUCGAGUCCAGACUCUCUUGAAGCCGGCGGCGCCGCAGAUGAAGAAAUAUCGGUCCUGAUUUCCAGAGACGAAAUGUUCGGUUUGGGUUUAAAAGCCUCCAGUGUUUCACUGGCGAGUCGAAGGUUUCUGAAUCCGAUCCAUCAGAAAUAUCAAGCAGAAGUCUUAACUUUAAUUAGUUUGUUUUUCCUCCACGCGGCAGAUUAAAUGUUUUAAAGCUGGUUUGGUUAAUAUUCAUCCAGAGUUUCUGAAGGUCUUUAAAAACCUUCCAGGAACCAGAAAAGUUCCUGGAAGGUUUUUCUUCCAGUCAAUUUCACCAGAGCUGCUACCUGGUUCUACAAGGUGAGAGAUUUAAUAAUCAUGUUCCACCGUCUAGAAGUUUUAUUUCUAUCUAAACUCAUCUAGAUCAUAAACUCCUGGUGACUUUAAUUCUGGUUCACAGUGUAACUGCUGUGAAACAAAAACAUUAAAUUUCUGUCUUUACAUCAGUUUAGUUGUGAUUUUCUCCCUCUAAAAGAAACAUUUUACAAAAUUAAAUUAAAAUAAAGUUUUCUCUCCUUGGAGCUUGGAGUGACUUUACCUAAGUUACAAAUUAUAACAGCUGUUUUUGUUUUUAAUUUUAUUGCUGAAAAUCACAAAUGUUAUUCUUGCAGUUGGAACUUUUUUCCAGGUUUCUGCAGAUGAUUUAAAAUCUGUUUUAGUUGAACAAGUCCACAAAAUUUUUAAUGACUUGCUUGUAACUCAGAACUGCUGUGAAAUUGAGCUGCAAAGUGUUUUUAUUCACACUUUGACCUCAGCUGCUGUCAGGGCGAAUAAAAUAAUCACGUUUUUGCUGCUAGAAUCAUUUUCUGUCCGUUAAGCUGGAAAAAAGCUCCCAGAGUCCAAAGAAACACUUCAGACCUUCAGAAAUUGUGGCAAAUUAUUGAUUGAAUUAUUCAGUUUAGAAAAUCUGGAUGCCUUGGAAGGUAAUAAGGGAAAACUCAAGACUUUUGUACAGAACUAUUUAUGUAAUUUCAGCAUAUUUAAGUGUAGAAGAGUAAGUAAAAUGAUAAAAUAUUUACCGUCUCGUGUCACAAUUUAAGAAGAAAUCAUUCCCCUAAAAACAGAGUUGAAUAACAAACAAUCAGAGGAAAAGUUGAGCUGUAAAGUAGUUUUUAGGCUUCACUUCUGCAGCGGCUUCUGUUUGAUUUCCAGAAUAAAACCCAGAUUUACUGGGGGAGAAAGUUGCAUUCUGGGUAGCAGGAAACUGUCGCAGUGCCUUUUUACUCCUGAUUCUAGCUGGGAAAUGAAGCUGCUGUCAAAUUCAGAGGCUGGAUGGAAAACCUGGAAGCAUUUCGGUUUUCCUGUUAAAAACGUAAAAACUUGAUUUUAAACAGACGUCAUUCCUACGACAGCGUAUUACGGCCGUUCUAGAUGGGGAAAAAAAGGAAUGAAUGUCCGUCACAAAACUCAGAAAUUAUGAGAAUAAUCUCAGAAAAUUAAUAAAAAAUAAGGAAAUUUUUUAAAAUUUGCCAGAAAAAUCUCAAACUUUGAGAUUAGUCUCAGAUAUUUUAUGAAAAAAAUGAUUCAUACAUUUACUAGAAAACCAACUCUAAAAUUUGGAGACUAAUCAGAAAUUUUCUGGAAGAAACUUUAAAAAAUUCAGUUUCAAAAGUUGAACCUUUAUUUGCUUAUGGAGCUCCAAAAGAAUUUCAGAAAAAUUCUAUAAAAAACAGAAAUGUUUUAGAAAAACGUGAAAAUUUCUGAGCUCUAAGUCAAAAAGUUGAGGAAAAAUUCUGAAAUUUUCAUUCUAAUAUUGGCAAUUUUCUUGAAAAAACAUGAACAUUUUCUUUUCAAACCCAGAAAUCUUCCAAAAGUAAAUUUCUUUUCUUCACUUUUGAAACUCGGAAACGUCCACCUUUUUCUCUAGAAAAUUUCUGAGCUCAAUCUAAAACUUUCUACGUUUUCUGGCAGAAAUGAGCUCCUGUUUUGUUCACCUGAACUGGCCGUAGCGCGACGUCGUAAAUUCCUGCUGUUACUGUUUAUAUUGAGCUGAUUCUACAGUCUGGAGGGAAAGUUAUUUCAUUUAUUCCUGGUUUCCUCUGGAACAAACUGAGGAAUUUAAAAGGUUGUUUGGAGCCGAGACAAUCACCUUUUUACUGCUUCUAUUUUUAUACUGACGAUAUAAACCCACUCUAGUCUAAGUGUUUGUGCACAGAAGGGAAGUGGCGACAAUCAUGAUGUCUUUAGUUUGUGAUUUGUGGUUUUUGUAGUUUGUGAUCUCCUGAGUGUUUCACUGCUCACUCUUGUAAAAUUCAGGUGAAUAAAACUUUUUUUUUUUUACACAUUC